ACGACAUUGAGCGUCGUCGGCGAGGAUGGCGGAGCCCCGUCGACGAGCUACAGGCGAUGCAGCCCCUCUUUACGAUGCUUUUGAUAGUCUUUUCUCAGUUGAGAUUCAUCACAGAGGAUUUCUUUGUGGAACUGGCAGCAAGAGCACAUACAUGGACUAUGAAGUAGCAUGGUUUGACAACUGUGAUAGUGAUACAUGGUCCAUUUUAUGGAUUGAUGAUUUUCUGCGGCAGCUAGGCUAUGACAGAGAAAGUGUGAAGCUUGAUGUUUUCUGGUGUCAGCCUGGAAAGACAUUGGUCGAUGGACUAAGAGAGUUGAAAUGUGAUGCAGACAUCCUUCCAAUGAUAGCAGCAAGCACAGAGCAUGAGAACUUGUUACUGAUUGUAGAUCACGGAGAGUCACGAGAGAGUGUGCUAAGAGAUGACAUUUUUGUUAAUGGGGUUCCUGAACUUCCAAAGGUAAUUACUCCAGGAAAAGAAAGCAAGGGAAAAGAGCAAUAUAGCUGUCUGGAGGAGAGAAGUGUGACAUAUAAGAGGAGGGCAAGGAGGUUAUGUGGGGAAGGUUCAUCCUCGAGUUGUAUUGAUGAAGAAACGGAGGAACAAGAUGGAUUAAAUGCAGCAGAUUUGGAGACAGAUGAAGAUUUCUAUGACAGUGACUUUGACAUAGAAGAUGGGGAUGAUGAUCUAUAUGCAAAAAAUGUAGAUAACGAAGUGGAUGAUCAUAGAGAGAAAGACACGACAUGUGACUAUGAAGCAGAGUUAGCAGAGGAUGCUCUAGAUGAUUCCCACUUAGACUUGUCCACGGAACAGACGGAGAAGUUGAAGUACCACUUCAAGGGGUUUAAUCCAGAAACUGAUUUGAAUAACCCUGUUUUAAGACUUGGUCAGGUUUUUGGUAACGUGCAGGAGCUGAGACAUGCUAUUACAUCUUAUAGCAUCAGAAACAGAGUUCAAGUGAAGAAGACAAGGAACACAUCCACAAAAGUUGUGGCUGUCUGUAGUGGUGAUUGUCCAUGGUAUCUCAUGGGAAGCAAGGAUAACAAAACAUCCAGUUUUGUUAUAAAAAAGUACUGUGAUGAGCACACUUGUACUAAAUCCUGGAAGCUCAAGGGGUUGACAGCUCCUUUCCUAACCAGGAAAUUUAGAGAUGAGUUCAGGGACAGCGAGAAGAUGCCCUUGAAGAAAUUUUCGGAGAAAGUUCAAAUAGAGUACAACCGCAUACCAACCAGGAGCAAAUUGGGAAGAGCCAGAAGAGCAUCAGUGAAGGAGAUAAGGGGGGAGGAUGAUGAUCAGUAUAAUCAGUUGUGGGAUUAUGGAGAGGAGUUAAGGAAAAGCAAUCUUGAUAGCAAGUUUUUCCUAUGCACAAAGGAGAUAGUAGAUGAGAAGACAAAAGAGACAAAAGAGCACUUCUCCACAUUGUAUUGGUCUUUGGAUGCAUGCAAGAGAGGAUGGCUAAAUGGGUGCAGGCCAAUAAUUUUUACCCAAAAUCUAAAAAGUGGCCGCGCACUAUUUGAUGUUCCCGAGCGGCCGCAUCUGCCACACACAUGCAUGUUAUUUUUUUGUCUCGUAGCGCAUGUGGGUGCUGGCAUUAAAUGUGUUCACACUAGUCUCAUCAGUUAGAGAAAACAGAU